AUGGCAAGAAAAGAGAAGUCUCAGACUUCGGAGGAAUGUAGACAGAAGUUCCUUGCAGUCAUGGCAGCCAAGCCUGCAGUACCGUUAUCCCAAUUAACGGACCCCAUGAGAUUCCCGAUUAUAUCAACUCCGGCACCUGUCCGACCUGCAUCUUUCCGUUCAAGCUCGAUUUCAAGUGCAAGUUCAUGCCCGGGCAUAAGAUCAAAGUGUUUGAGUGACUCCGACCAGGCAACAGAUAUUGAAUACAACUCUGAUGUCAAGCCUUUGCAUUCUGGCAACCGCAGAGCCGGAACAGAGAUUGUAAAAGGCAAGUUAGAGACAGAGUCUUUGCGGAAUUGCAGUCGAAGCGCCGGAAAAGAGCUUGCUGGAGACUCCACUUAUCGUAUGGAGAGUGCAUAUCUUCCAAGCCCUGUCUCUUAUGCCUCUUUCGGGUUUGAUUAUCGCAACCGAGUCACCCUCACGCACUUUCCAGAGAAAAUUAAAGACGGUAUUCGAAGUCUUUUGGACAAGGGCUGGGAACAGGGCAUACAAAAAGAGGGGCCAUGUAAUGAAGAGGAUAGUUACUUCUUCAAACUCAAAAUGAGACCAUUCAGCAGUGGAAACACAUAUGUGUCAACUCGCAUGACGCGCAACAUGAUUGCGUAUCUAGCAUCCGAGUCUUGGUUGGCACAACCCGUCCCAUCGAUCUUAAACCCUUACGACACGUUGAACUUCCGAAAAUCUCCAGAGCCUUUCCCAAAGUGUUAUUGGCUUGCCAUGACAUACGGACAUGCAGGCAAGUGGCGUCUAAAAGACGUGUUGAGUUUGUUGGGAGGAGCAGACGAGCUCAUUGACACUGUCCGACUCACUUUGCAAGAAAUGAACCUUAUCUCCAAGCUCAAGAAGGAGCACGUCGAUACUGCAAAAAAUUGGCACCAGUUCUGUAUCAAAGGAACUUUUCUUCGUGCAGGUACCCAGGCAAAGAAGAAGAAGAUGAUAUUGAGAAUUUUGGAAAGGCUGGAGGAACGUGGUUGGGUCUUAUAUAUUGGCUAUCAUCGAGUUUUUCACGCUGGCACUGAUUAUGAGCAUAAAGUGGGGACUUGGCUUUGUGUGAAGAGCCGUGAAUGGACGCCAACUGAUCCAGUGAAGAUUUCCUGGUCAAUUUGA